AUACCUACUAUUUUUACCAGAAUUUAUUAACGUUCUUAUUUAUCUUUUAGCUUUGAUGCGUAUUCUUUGCUACAUAACAAUCCUCUCAAGAACCAUGAUAUGCUGGAAGAUGAAUUUAUGAAUACGUACAUCCAUCCCGUUCUAAAGAGGGCACUGUGGAGGUUUUCGGGUAUUCGUUAUAUACCGGGAAACCAAGCUAUUCAAGCAUCUGCAUAUAGAAAGUCGAUCAUGAAACAAGAGGGGAAUGCAGACCGCUCAGAUGGGAUUGCGUACACCACCACCGAAAAACCGUAUGAAAUUUGUAUAGUAGAAGGUUCCAGACCAUAUGUUGUUGAUGACACGAAAGAAAUGUCCGAUUAUGUCCAAAAUGCGAGAGCAGGAAAAGAUAUAAUAAACUAUACAGUUGUAUCCGAAGUUAAAUUGAAACGAGCACCGCCACUGCAAUUCAAGUCCUAUAUGGUACAGAGCAUCGGACUAAGUCUUCGAUUUUACCUUAUGGACUAUUUGGAAAGUGUCGAUUUAUUCCCAUCUUUUUUUAGGACAGUUGUGACUUGGGCGUUGAUGGUCAGGGGCACUGAUCAAGAAUUCUGAUCAAUGAGAAACAAAAGAAGUGCGCGCUACAGUAACGCCCACAAUUUACGAGUUCUUUCAAAGAUAAAUCAUAAUAAGCCUCGUAUGGGCAAUACAAAAAUCAUUAAAGAAAAAAAAAUUAUAUAGGGCAAAGAAAUGCUGAGUAAUGAAAAAUCGUAAUGCAACUUCAAUCCUAUUAUUAUCACUUUUAUGAUUUAAUACUGUAAUACAUGUAGAAUAUUAGUAUAUCAAAAAAUUUUUUUAUAUGCCAUUGUAAAAACGUAUUUUCCAACUUUGUCCAAUGCAGUAUACUAAAUAAUAUAAGUGGAAUUAGAUAACCGAUAAAGCAUUUUGAAGUUUCA